GAUUUCAACCUCCCGGAAGUCUGUUGGGCCGAUCUUUCUUGCAAUUCGGCAUUAGGAACAUUCGGUGCAGACUUCCUUGAACUGACUCUCCAAGUGCCUUUGCACCAGUUCGUUGACUUUCCCACUAGGUAUAUGGACAACCAAAUACCAUCUACUUUGGAUUUGGUUUUCGCUAAGUCCCUGGACUUCGUGACUGACGUUUCAUGCGGUGCACCUCUAGGGUCUAGCGAUCACGCAUGCAUAUCCUUUCGAUGUGCUCUUUCAAGGCACCAAGAGACCGCUGUUGAAUUACUUCCGAAUAUUUGGCGGGCGGACUUUAGUGCAAUGCGAACUAAGGCUUCAGUUCUGAACUGUGAGAUCUCGAUGGCUGACUCUGUCCAGUUAGCCUGGGAUAAAUUUAAGGCAUACCUUACGGAGGUUUCCACUCCCUAUAUUCCACUCAUGAGGAAAAGAGGGUUAAGGGCACAGCCUCCAUGGAUAGAUACCACAGGCAAGUUCCUACUCAAGAAACGGUCUAGAUGCUGGCGAACCUACCAAGCAGCUCCAUCAGCCAGUACCUAUGAUAGUUAUCGAGAGAAUAGAAAUAAAUGUAAGCAACAUCUCAGAACUGCUCGUCUCCAAUACGAGCAGGGUUUAGCGGACUCGGCCGCAGCUAAUCCCAAGAAGUUUUUUGCUUACGUUAAAAGACGCAGCGGGGCAAAACUGUCUAUACCAGCUUUAUUGCGAGCAGACGGGACCCGUGCGCAAACUGACUAUGACAAGGCUUUAAUACUGAGUGAUCAGUAUACUGGGGUCUUUGCUCGGGAGACCUCUUUACCACAGGUUGAAUUGGUUUCAAGAGUUCCAGAGGAUUCUUGCUUAGCUGAAUUUAGCAUAACGGAGACUCAGGUCUUCGAGCUACUGCAAGGCAUUAAUCCCUCUAAAGCUUCCGGUCCUGAUUCAAUUCAUCCGAAGCUGUUGCAUGAACUGGCCACUGAGCUGAGUGGUCCGCUCACGUGCGUAUUUUUAAUAUCGCUGUACAGCUGCAGCCUACCUUCGGAAUGGAAGGAGGCGAUCAUCUGUCCGAUUUUUAAGGGCGGUGACAGCGCUCUACCCGCGAACUACCGGCCUGUCAGUUUGACAAGCGUAGUAGUCAAGUUGUUCGAGAAGCUGAUAAGGGAUUCAGUGGAGAACCACCUGAAUCGAUUCAACCUUCUCAGUGUUGCACAACAUGGAUUCCGCAAAGGAUUUUCAUGUCAGACUAAUUUACUUGUAGCUCGUGAAAGCUGGGCCGAAGCGGUAGACAGUGGCCACGCUGUAGACGUGCUAUUCGUAGAUUUUUCGAAAGCUUUUGACACUGUUCCACAUCUUCGGCUCUCACUAAAGUUGAGAUCUUACGGGAUAUCUGGUCGCGCCCUUCAAUGGGUGUCUGCCUUCCUUGAGGGGAGGGAACAGUGCGUACGGGUGGGGCGUAGCCUUUCGCUCAGGCAAGCUGUCCUUAGUGGCGUUCCGCAGGGCUCGGUAUUGGGGCCAUUGUUGUUCGCGAUCUAUGUAAAUGACUUGCCGGGAGAGCUAGGGGUGUCAUCAUUAAUGUUUGCUGACGACCUUAAGCUCUGGAAUAUUGUGGAUAUCCCGGGGGGUCCUGAGGCAAUUCAGCGUGCCUUGGAUAGGCUCUGGGAAUGGUCUAUCUUAUGGUUGAUGCCCAUAAAUAGGGCGAAGUGCUCUGUUCUCCGAAUCGGAGCUGCAAAUCCUGCCACCCGAUAUGUUGUCGGCGGUGGUGAACUCCCUGUUGUCACUCAGCAGGUUGAUUUAGGAGUCGUACAUGCAUCAGCACUUCAUUCUGGAGACAACUGGAAGAAGGCUGCUUGUCGAGGGUUUCGUAUGAUGUGGUUUAUCCGCCGCUCUUUCGGAAUCUUAACGGCCAAGUUGUUUGUGAAGCUAUUUUCGGCAUUCGUCCGACCCCACCUGGAAUAUUGUAUUCAGGCUUGUCCACCAUGUCUUAACCGAGACAAAAUGGACUUGGAGAGGGUGUUACGAGUGGGCACUCGGUUAGUGCAGGGUCUACGGGGACAGACGUAUCCUGAACGCUUGCUCAGUUUGGGUAUGUACUCCAUGCACUACCGAAGGAUAAGGGGGGACCUGAUUCUCACUUAUCGUAUUUUGACGGGUAAGAUUGGCCCGGACUUGUCAGGGCUUUUUAGUCCCGCUACGUUACCUAGUCUCCGCGGUCACCCACUGAAAUUGCAUAAACCACGGUCUGAUAGGAUUAGGACGGAAACUCGUCUAUCGCGCCGAGUUAUAGAUCGCUGGAAUUCUCUUCCAGAUCAUGUGGUUAGGGAACCUACAGUUAAGGGUUUUGCGCGCCAGCUCGAUGCUCUUGGGUGGC